AUGAAUUUACGAGUAAUAAAACUAACAUUAAGUUUUAUAGCAGCACUUUUAAUAUCUUCAGUAUGUGGUACACAAUAUCUUUUCUCCGCGUAUAGCACAACAUUGGCAGAACGAUUAAAUUUUAGUUCUAUUCAAAUAAAUACAAUUGGAAGUGCUGCAAAUUAUGGUGUUUAUCUUGGUAAACCAAUUUUUGGUUAUAUAGCUGAUAAUUUUGGAGGAAGAAGACCAUUUUUUGCUGCUUUUAUUAUAUUCAUUGGAUACUUUUGCCUUGCAAUGACUUAUGAAGGAAAUCUUAGGCCAUCAUUCUUAUUAUGUGCUUUUUACAUGUUUUUAGCAGGAAUGGCGUCAGCUGCAGGUUUAAUGUCAAGUCUCGUAAUAGUCGCAAAAAACAUUACAUCAUUCAGAGGAAUAUCACUCGGGGCACCGAUUGCGUUAUCCGGAUUAUCAGCAGCAAUAUAUUCAGAAAUAAAUAGUUUGUGGUUUAAGAAUGAUAAUUAUCAUUUCUUACUAUUUUUAGCCAUAAGUACAGGAUUAUGUAUAUUUAUUGGAAGUUGGUUUUUAGUCGUAGUACCACCAUCAAUAAAUCAGGAUACUACCGUUGUAACACUCGAAGAAGGAAAUUCAUCUUCUUGUAGCACAAAACAAAAUGAUAAAUUUGAAGAUACACCAUUAUUACAAAAUAAAAUUAACGAAGAAAUUGAUAUUGGUGGAUGGGAUUUUAUUAAUAAUAUUGAUGCAAAAUUAUUAGCAAUAACAAUGUUUUUUUUUUCUGGUGCGGGAUUGAUGUAUAUAAAUAAUGUUGGAACGAUAAUCGAAUCAUUAUAUUCUUCACAUUCUUCUUCUACUUUACCACCAAUUUAUAAAUUACAAAAUACGCACGUAUUCAUUCUAUCUAUUUUCUCUUGUUUAGGAAGAUUAUCCAUCGGAUUUAUAUCGGAUAUGGCAAGAUUAUUAUUUAAAAUACCUAGAUCAUUCUUUUUUAUAUUAUCCGGAGUUUGGAUAUUUUUGGCUCAAUUAUUAAUAUUAUUUUAUGUUGAUGAUUUGGAUAAAUUAUUGAUAGUUACAAUAUUUGUUGGAGUUGGAUUUGGAAAUUUAUAUUCCAUUACUCCUAUAAUCGUUAGUGAAUGGUUUGGAACUAAAAGAUUUGGAUCUAAUUGGGGAAUGAUUGCAUGCAUUCCGGCUUUUGGAGGGCAACUAUUUAAUUUAUUGUUCGGUUAUAAUAAUGAUCAACAUAAAAGGAAUGAAUGUACAGGAACCGAUUGUUAUAUAACAGUCUAUUAUUUUAGUUCAUGCGCCUGUUUAUUAAGUAUUUGCAUUUCAUUAAGUUUAUUUUAUACAAAGAAUAAAAAAUAAAAAGAGGAAAUAUAAAUAAAAUUUUUU